GGCGCGCAUGCGCGCGGUGGGAGCUACAGAGCCCCUGCAGCUGCUAGAGCGGCAGCGCCGGUGUUCUACCGCCGGCGCAGCCCCGUAACCGCCACCUCGCGCUCCCCCCGCCCAUGGAACCCUGAGAGCGAUUUGAAAAGAACCGCUGUUCCUGUGGCCUGGCGAUGUGGCUGUAACCGCCGGCGCGGGGACCUGGGCAUCGCUACUCUCUCUUGUCUCCUGCUCGGCUAGAGCAGCUCCUUGCCAGGGGCCUGGGGUGCCCCGCCCGGCAGCACCGCGCUCACCCAGGGCGGCUCCUCGGUGUGGGCUCCAGAUCUCCCGCUUCCCGGGGGCUCCUGUGGGCAAUAGCCUGGGCUGGAGCCGGGACCAGCGAGGCGCUCGGCUCGUGGGGUGGGUGUCAGGCGGCCCCCGGUCAUUUCUUCUCCCGGCGCCGGGGACCUGCAGUGGACUGUCCUAGAUCUGAAAGUUGAGUUUUGACCAGUUCAUUCUUGCAAAAGAAAUCUAGAAACUAGAGAAUAAAAAUGGGGACUCCUGGAUCUGGGAGGAAAAGAACUCCAGUAAAAGAUAGAUUCUCUGCAGAAGAUGAAGCCUUGAGUCACAUUGCCAGAGAGGCAGAAGCAAGGCUUGCAGCCAAACGGGCUGCUCGAGCAGAAGCAAGAGACAUACGUAUGAGAGAACUGGAGCGACAACAGAAAGAGCUUUCUCAUCGCUCAUAUGAUAGAAAAUGGGGACGUAUCCAAAAGUGGAUGGAAGAUUCAGAGAGAGCCAGGUAUUCUCUCCGGUCUAGUCGUCAUUCCUAUCUGGGAGCAGAUGACUUGGUGUCUGCUCGAAGUAUUGGCAGUUAUAGGAGUUCAUCUUUGGAUGUCAGUGGGUCUCAUAGCAGCAGAACAAGUGCCUCCAGAAGGAGAGAUCUUGCGUGUGAUGGGGUGAAGGAUAGAUCUACAAGACGUUCACUCUCAAAUCCUGCUUACAAUGACUCUCAUGGAAUAAAGAAGUCUUCUAGUUCCCAUAAAGAACUCUUGAGUGGAUUUUACCAUGACCAAAGAAAUUAUAGCAGCCUUAGACAUAGCAAACCAAUCUCUUCCUACCAUACUCGGUCCUCUUCUCUGUACAGUGAUCCUUUGGCAACUACUAAGACCUACAGGGUGUCUCCUACUGUAAACAUGGGUUUGAUAAGAAGUGCUAGUUUGGCAUCAUUGUGUGGUGAUGGAUUAUAUAGCUCAUAUAACUCUCACACUCCAUCUGAAUACAGUUAUUCUUCAAGAGCAAGCUCAGCUCGAAGUAGUCCUGUGUUUACAGACAAUGGAACAGGAAGUACCACAUCCUCUAAUCGUGCCAUCCGAGGGCGGAGUGAUAGCAUGUCAACUGAUUUUUCUGAUCAAAGUGAAACUGCAGCUGAUUAUUUUAGUCGUUCCAAUCGCAGGGGGAGCAUUGUUUCUGAUGUGGACGAUGUCAGUAUCCCAGAUUUAAAUAGCCUGGAAGAGAAGUGUGACAAACCAUAUUCUGAAAUUUACACCAGGCCGGCAUCUCGCAGUUCAGCAAGUACAACUCCUCUGAGUGGGAAUUCAUCCAGACGAGGAAGUGGGGAUACAAGCAGUUUGGUGGAUCCUGAUGUUUCAUUAAGUGAAUUACGGGAUAUCUAUGAUCUUAAGGACCAGAUACAAGAUGUAGAGGGGAGAUACAUACAGGGACUUAAAGAACUAAAGGAUUCUCUAUCUGAAGUUGAAGAGAAGUAUAAGAAAGCUAUGGUUUCUAAUGCUCAGCUAGAUAAUGAGAAAAACAAUUUGAUUUAUCAAGUGGAUACGCUGAAGGAUGUCAUUGAGGAAAGGGAAGAGCAGAUGGCAGAAUUCUAUAGGGAAAAUGAAGAGAAGUCAAAGGAAUUGGAAAGGCAGAAACACAUGUGCAGUGUUCUACAGUAUAAGAUGGAUGAACUUAAAGAGGGCCUUCGUCAGAGAGAUGAACUAAUAGAGGAGAAUCAACGCAUGCAGCAGAAAAUAGACUCCAUAACCAGAGAGGUGUUUGACCUCCAGGAGACAAUUAAUUGGAAAGAUAAAAAAAUUGGGGCCCUAGAAAGACAGAAAGAGUACUUUGAUUCCAUUAAGCAUGAGCGAGAUGAGCUCAGAGAUGAGUUGGCUGACCUGAAGGAAACAAUGAAGACAGGACAGAAAUACGGGUUAGUUAUAAUCCCAGAUGGUACUCCAAAUGGUGAUGUAAACCAUGAACCAGUGGUUGGUACAAUAGCAGUUGUAUCGCAGGAAGCUGCUCAAGUCUUGGAAUCUGCAGGAGAAGGACCACUAGAUGUUCGGCUACGAAAACUGGCUGGGGAAAAGGAAGAAUUAUUGUCACAGAUUAGGAAACUGAAGCUGCAACUGGAAGAGGAACGACAGAAAAACGCUAAAAAUGAUGGCACAAAUCCAGAUAUAAUAGGAUUAGAGAAUGGUUCUGAUUUGCAGUUAAUUGAAAUGCAGAGAGAUGCCAACAGACAAAUAAGUGAAUACAAAUUUAAGCUUUCAAAAGCUGAACAAGAUAUAACUACCAUGGAACAAAACAUUGGAAGACUUGAAGGACAGGUGACAAGAUAUAAAUCUGCAGCAGAGAAUGCAGAAAAAGUGGAAGACGAUCUCAAAGCAGAAAAGAGGAAACUUCAGCGAGAGUUAAGAACAGCAUUGGACAAGAUAGAAGAGAUGGAGAUGACCAAUAGCCACUUAGUAAAAAGGCUGGAGAAGAUGAAGGCAAACAGAACUGCUGCGCUUCUAUCUCAACAGUAGAAGUUUUAGAAAAUGGAACAAAUUGUGCACUGCUCCUUGAAGUAACUAGCCCUUAGCUUGUUUUAAUACAGACUUUCAUUGGCACAAACUAUUUGAACACUGAGCUGUUCAGUAAUAUUUUAGUUGCAGAAUUAAAUGGUAUACCUUUUGUAACUUAUGAGAGAAUGAAAAAUUUGAAUUCCUAUGUGAAUGAUGGUGAUUUUUAUUUAGCAGUUUAAUUGUAGAGUCAGAGCUGGAGCACAAUGCGGUAUGAUUGACUUAUUACUAGAAAACCAUUUGUUUUCACAACUGUGGAAUCAAGUUUACUUAAACUUUUUUUUCAGCUGCUUUAAUGAUGCUUGGUGCUUGAAGACAACUGUAUGAAUUCAAGAGGACACUGUAUUAGAAAUUAACAAAUGUACUUGCUCAAGACAUCACACAGCACAAGUGCCUUCUAUAUGGUGCAAUUUAGACUUCAAAUAUGUUAGAUCUAACCUUUGGAAGCAGAUAACAUUUAUUUUAAGAUACAGGGUUUUUUUUGGGGGGGGGGUGUCUAUGUUCAUUAAAGUUUAUAAAUUUUGAUGGAAAGGUGCAUUUUUGUAAUAUUUAAAUUUAUAUAAAAAUAAAAUAGGGACUAUUAUAAAACUUGCUUUUUUGCAUGGGUGAUAACACAUCUGAGUUCUAGGUUGGCUACUUGUAAUAUAAAAAUAGGGACUUUAACCAAGGAAGAUGUUUUGUUUUACUUUGUAAAAUUGUAUAGCAACUGCUGCUUAAGUGUGGAAUGAAACUUUAGGGUGGAAGGCGGGGUAAGGAAAUGUCUGAGGAGUUCAUUAAAUGGACACUGUACUAGCCA